AUGCCAUGCAACCAUAAGGUUGACAUCAACACACUUCUCGCAAAGAUAUAUGAAUCUCUUGCUGGAAAGAAACCUGAGUCGCACUGUAAGGUCAAUUUAAUUAAAAGUCUUGAAGAGAAGUUGGGAUCAAAAAGAUAUUUGUUUGUUCUUGAUGACGUUUGGGUUGAAGAGAGAGCAUAUUGGGAAGCAUUUGAGAGUUGUAUGCUAAAUGUAAACUCACAAAAUGGAAGUGGCAUUCUUGUCACUACACGGAAACUUGAAAUCGAAACUACUGGAAUGAAGGCUGAUUCGUGUCUUUUAAAUGGUCUUUCUGAUGAUCAUUGUUGGGACAUCUUUAAAGAAAGAGUGUUUGUGGCAGGCACAUCACCCUCUCCAGAACUGGAGGCGAUAGGCCGUGAGAUUGUAAAAAAAUGUGGUGGUUUACCAUUGUUAUUAAAUGUAACAGGUGGCAUGUUGGCAAAUUACAAUGAUGAUAAAGAAAAAUGGUUGUCCAUAAAAAAUAGCAAGGUUUGGGAUCUACAAGAAGAAAGGGAUAGAGUUCAAAAGAGUUUGGCACUGAGCUUUGAUAAUCUCCCCAAUUCUAUUGUGAAGCAAUGCUUUGCAUAUUGUUCCAUAUUUAAGAAAGAUAAGGUUAUCGAAAGGGAAGAACUGGUCCGGCUUUUGAUGGAUUUAGGAUUGAUUCAAGCGGAUGAGGAAAGAAACAAGGAGAUGGAAGCUGUGGGAAAUAAUAUUUUUCAAAUUUUGGUCAGCAAUUCGUUGCUCCAAGAUGUUGAAAGGGAUGAGUAUGGUCGCGUUGAUAAUUGUAGCAUGCAUGAAAUGGUGCAUGAUCUGUCAUUAUCACUUUCAAAUCAUGAAAGCUUAUGUUUGGUGGAUGCGACAAAUGAUGAUAUUGCAUGUAUACCUCAGUUUAAACAUCUCUCUUUUUACCAAGAUCAGAAUGAGUACGAUGAAUUGAAAGCCAAUGUUUCUAUGUUCGUGGAAAGGAAUACACUGGCUAGAACUUUGCAUACAUUGUUUAUCAAAGUUGAAGCCGAGAAGAAACUUUCAUUUUAA